UGCAGUCGUAGAGGGUCUGUGCCACGUCUGCUGGGUUGUUGGUGUCAGUGGUUGAGGGGAUGAUGCUGGUGAUGGUGCUCGCGGCUCUGCUGGCCUGUGCCAGUGCCGCCCUCAUCCCCGAGCCUGAGGUUGAAAUUAAAGUUUUGGAGAAGCCUUUUAUCUGCAACAGAAAGACUAAGAAUGGGGAUAUGCUGCUGGUCCACUUUGAGGGCUUCCUGGAGAGCAAUGGAACCCGCUUCCAUUCAACUUAUGCAGAUAAUAACCAGCCUGUAUGGUUUACACUUGGCAUUAAAGAAGGUAUCAAAGGAUGGGAUAAAGGCCUCAAAGAUAUGUGUGUGGGGGAGAAACGGAAGCUGAUCAUACCUCCUUCUCUGGCUUAUGGAAAAGAAGGGAAAGGAAAAAUUCCACCAGAGAGCACUUUAAUCUUUGAUAUUAAUCUUAUUGACAUUCGAAAUGGACCACGAUCGCAUGAGUCAUUCCAAGAAAUGGAUUUGAAUGAUGACUGGAAACUGUCUAAAGAAGAGGUAAAAGCAUAUCUGAAAGCUGAGUUUGAGAAGCAUGGCAAUUCCAUAAAUGAAACCCAUCAUGAUGUCUUGGUUGAGAGCAUAUUUGAGAAAGAAGAUGAGGACACCGAUGGUUUUAUUUCUGCCAGAGAAUUCACAUAUGUUCAUGACGAGCUAUGAACAUUGGUUGUUAAUGGGUUUGUGGGUUGUACAAUGUUUUAAGUGCUUUGGGU